ACCUGCCACUCGACCUGCCUUCCCCACUGAUUUGGGACCCAAGAAGAAUCAUGAAGUGGCUGCUGCUGCUGGGCCUGCUGGCACUCUCUGAGUGCGUUGUCCACAAGGUUCCCCUUGUCAAAAAGAAGUCCUUGAGGAAGAACCUGAUUGAGAAGGGCUUGCUGCAGGACUACCUCAAGACUCAUACCCCCAACCCGGCCUCCAAGUACUUCCCCAAAGAUGCAUUCGCCUCUGAAUCCACUGAAAGCCUGGAGAACUAUUUGGAUACCGAGUACUUUGGCACCAUCAGCAUCGGAACCCCCCCUCAGGAAUUCACCGUCAUCUUUGACACCGGCUCCUCCAACCUGUGGGUGCCCUCCACCUACUGCCACAGUCUGGCCUGUGCUCUCCAUAAGCGCUUCAACCCUGAGGACUCCUCCACCUACCAGGCCACCAGCAAGACCCUCUCCAUCACCUAUGGCACCGGCAGUAUGACCGGCAUCCUGGGAUAUGACACUGUGAAAGUUGCAGGCAUCGAGGACACCAACCAGAUCUUUGGCCUGAGCAAGACAGAGCCUGGCCUCUUCUUCCUGUUUGCUCCCUUUGAUGGCAUCCUGGGUCUGGCCUACCCCAGCAUUUCUGCCUCUGAUGCCACACCCGUCUUUGACAACAUGUGGAAUGAGGGCCUCGUGUCCCAGGAUCUCUUCUCCGUCUACCUGAGCUCUGACGAGCAGAAGGGCAGCGUGGUCAUGUUUGGCGGCAUCGAUUCUUCUUACUACACAGGAAGUCUGAACUGGGUGCCUGUUUCCCAUGAGGGCUACUGGCAGAUCACCAUGGACAGCAUCACUAUCAAUGGAGAGACCAUCGCUUGUGCUGAUAGCUGCCAGGCUGUCGUUGAUACGGGCACCUCUCUGCUGGCUGGACCCACCAGUGCCAUUUCCAGCAUCCAGAGCUACAUCGGAGCUUCUGAGAACUUGUUGGGAGAGGGUACCAUCAGCUGCUCAGCCAUCGACUCCCUGCCCGAUGUUGUCUUCACCAUCAACGGAGUCCAGUACCCUCUGCCUGCUAGCGCCUAUAUCCUGCAGGAAGAUGACGACUGCAUCAGUGGCUUUGAGGGCAUGAACCUUGACACCUCCACCGGCGAGCUCUGGAUCCUGGGUGAUGUCUUCAUCCGCCAGUACUUUACUGUCUUCGACCGGGCCAACAACCAGGUUGGCUUCGCUGCUGCAGUUUAAGCCUGCAGCUCUGAAGUCUCUUCUGGAGAGAUUUGAUCUCUUCCCUUCACCCCUUAGAUGCAUAGAAUUCUCUUGAUGAUCUUGCUGAACCACAGUCCCCUUCUAUAAGUAGUACCUUUACCCUGUCCCAACUGGCACCCAUAACGUACAAUA